ACCUAAUUACCCAGAUGAUGAGUCAAAGACAAGUACCAAUCUGGAAAUCCUAAACCCUAUCCCAGAUACUGAAACCAAGACCCAAGCCAAAGUACAAGUGAAUUACAAACCAAGACAGACUAUGGA